AACUUUAUGUCUACUUAGCGGUUCAAGUUGAACUGUUUAAGUUUGCAAUAAGCAGUUCAAUUUGCAGCAAAAACUCUUUCUUGUUUAGUGCUGAUACUGUUUGCAAAUAUUAGACAGAUAUUAGUAGAAUAUUAUGUGAAAUCUCCCCACAAAUUAAGUGUGUCAAUAGUAAUACUAAUUCUUUUGCAUGUAAGUUCUAUUUGACUUGAUAAAUCUGAUAUAUAACACAUACAAGAAAGCGAAAUUUUUAAAAUAAAAAUUUCCGCAUACCUGAUGACAAAGUCUUCCGUCGUUUGCUGCGAAACUAUCGGUUAUUCCGGUUAUUAUUUAUGGCUACAUGGAAGUAGAAAGGCAAAAAAAUUUGAUUACUAGUUGUCGCUUGAUAACAAGCCUAACCCAAUUUCCACCUAAAUACUGUCAAACCGUUUGUUUGAAGCCAGUUUCGAAUCUAGUUCCGUCGACAUUGAAAAUCGAAAAUCAAGUUAUUCUGAUUUCGGGUUUGCUCACCCGAUUCAGUUUCGUGAAAAGUGUAGGAUUGAUGAAACUACUCAGUUUCAGUUUUCUCGAACGAAAACGACAUUAAAUUGACCCAAACAAGGUUUGGAGUUCAAAAAGUAAAGUCUUCAAAUGAUAAAUAUAAUAAAUUGUGAGUAAAAUUCAAACAACGUAAGCCAUAUGCCAAUUCUUAUUUCAUGACUGCCUCAAAUCAUUUCAAUCUAAUGAUUAAUUUAAGCGCAACGAAUUUCGUGUGCGUAUUCGUAAAUUUAUGUUGCUCGUAACUAGUAUAAUAUAAUAUAAUAUUAUCUCAGUCGAAGUCCCCUCAUUACAGCUCUGUAUUUCGAAUGUUCAUUCAUGACACUCGGUGAAUACUACAACGUCAAACGUCAAUUUUGCGAAGUUUUGUUUUGAAUCUUCGCAUACUUAUGGGUUAAUGUUUAUUGCAGUGCUUGUGUACUAUAUUUUAUACUUGUUCUCAAUCAAUGGAACUACCAGUGUAUGUAAUCAAACGAAAACCAAUUGAGAACGCAUUAAUCGUCGGUCAGUUCGUGCGAUAAUUUCAGGAAAGCAGCCCGACACAGUUUAACAAGUGUAGAAACCGGAUAUAGUCUGAGGCACAGCUUUAAAAUAAAAUGGCUAAACAGAAGACCGAUGACGGAUACAAUCGAGGAAUUUAUUGUAGCCUGCGAACAUUGUUGCACUUUAUUGCAGCAGUCCAGUUUUCAUAUGGAGUGUAUUAUGAUUUCAGUUAUGUACACUUUCCUCCUAAUUUGCGACGGUCGGGUGGUGACUUUGGUGGAAAGCUGAAAUAUCUAACAGUUUGGGAUGCGAUUUUACAAGCAGCUUAUUUUACCAUAUGUCUGAUAAACGAUUUUAUCGGUACUAAUGAGGUAGCUCCACAGAAAACACCACUGAUUAGGAAACUUAAAGAUUAUAUGCUAGCAGCGUUUGCUUUCCCUGUGGCACUUAAUGUUGGUGUAACUUUCUGGACGUUAAUGGCCAUUGACCGAGAAUUGGUUUUUCCAAAGGCAUUGGAUGCAGUGUUUCCGGGCUGGCUAAACCAUGUGAUGCACACUAACAUUAUGAUUUUUAUGAUAUUGGAAAUCUGCACAAGCUUCCGGCAGUAUCCUUCCAGAAGGAACGGCCUUACUGGAUUAGGUUUCUUUAUGGCUUGUUAUCUUGUAUGGCUACACGUGAUUCGUCACUUCGGAGGAAUCUGGGUUUACCCAGUGUUGGACGUGCUGAAUCUUCCACAGCGCAUUAUAUUUUUUGUGAUUAGUUUAGGCUUUUCGGUUGGACUCUACUUGGUAGGAGAAUUUUUCAAUAAUUUGAUCUGGACCAAGGAGAUAAAGCAAUUGAAAACCGGUGCUACGAGUAAGAAGUCGAAAUAAAGUAGUCAUUCCAUUUAUUCAAGCAUGAAAGCAAACUAAAAGUGACGCGUUCUCGUUUUUUCGUGUUCAGUUGUUAUUGUUCAAACUAAUAAAUGUACGCAUAACAUGUUCAGCGGCGACCCCAAUUGAUUUGAGCAUGUUUUAGAAAAAAAAGUACUAAUAUUCAUUUUUUGUGAAUUGUACAGUGUAACAAACACAUGUAUUCUGAAAGCAUGUACUAGAACUUCUUUAAUAUUGUGAUUAAGUGCAAUAAUAAACAUUUUUUUUCAUUCAGAAAAUUUUGAACACGUCCGGCCAGCAGAAUCGACCACUUAAUAACCAUUAUUUGUUUUAAACAAUAUCUGCCGAGGACAAGGUUUUGCAGGGUUUAUUUACUAGUAUAUGUGUGACUACUGAGUGAAGCAUCUAAAAAAUAAUACUUUAUGAUUCCUCUCUACGAAUGUAUAAUUGAGCAUCUGAAAUGAACAUACCAACAUUAAAACUUCUGAUUUGUCAUUCCUCACUCAUUCAACCAAGCAAUAAAUAUUUUUAUUCAAUUUCCCACGCCAAAUCGAUCACAUGAACUGGUGUAAUCAGUCUAUCUAAAAAAGUUAAUUUAUUUCGUUUUUUCUUUGUUCUUACAAUAUUUGCAUAUAAUAUGAGUGCGAUAGAUCAGACAAUAUAGUUAUAAUUAUCAGAACAAACAUAAAAGAUUGUAGUCUCUAAAGGUCACAAAACGCAAUCAAAACAGUCGUAGAUCUUUUAGCGUGUGUACAUACGUUUGUUUAGGAAUUUCACAUUUGUUUGAUUUACUAGAGAUAUGCCCUCUAGAGGCUUAAUCCCAAUCGUACAAACCGAGUGAUUACAUUGAACAAUAUUGUCGGAUUUGUUAUUUGCCAUGUUUGUCUGAAUAUAAAAUCAAAAUUGAAAACAAUUCUAAAAUAAAUAGUUUAUUGCGAUUGCUGAUCUUGUUCUGAGGUGUAUUGAAGUCCAAAGCCAAUUUAUCUAAAAUACACCAAAAAAUAACAACAUGCGACCAAAUUUAGCGAUAAUAGUACAAUGAUGUUCAAGAUGUUAAUAGAUCGAGUGCAAAAUGUGUCAUUUACUUUUACAUUACAUGUAGUAUCUUCAUGCAUUCAGGAAGCAUUUAUGUCAUACCUUUUAUAGUACAUACAAUCGAAAAAUUGUGAAUCUAAACAAAAUUCUGCACCGCCGAAACGACAUGUUUAGCUAUUUGCACUUACUACAUUUUCCAAACACAUUUAUUUUGUCUAAGCAAUAACAAGAGAACUAAUUAAUUCUUCUCUUGAUUGAAAUAUUUUGAAGGCUCAGCUGGUGUAAGUAAAGCUAUAUCUCAAAAAUUGAUUUGCUUGGUAAUGUACAAGUACAACUAUAUUGGAUAUGAAACCAAUAUUUUUUUUCGGAAAACACAAAACAUUUUUAGGUGUCGGUUUGUAGUCGAAUUGACGAGGAACAUUAGAAAUCGUCUAAUCUCUUUAUUUACUGUUUUCUUUCAAAUUUGUUCAACUAACUCCAUCAUAAUCUUUCGAUGAGAGGAAAGUAUAGAACAAAUUGGAUACACAAAAAAAAAAUAAAAGAGAAAAUAAACAAAGAUAAACAGUUAUUAGUAGGAGCGAGCUUCGUGUGAUGGGUAAGACAAUCGGAUUCGAUUCACAACUUCAAAAAUAGGAUCAGAAAUGCGAAGGCUAAAAUCACUAUAAUCAAAAUAAAAAAGGCAUUGUCAGAUUGAACCAUUUGUAUUGUUUUUCGUCAAUUAGCCAAUCUAUUAUAGAAUUUAAGGUAGCAUGUCUCUCAUCCUCCGGCAUUUCAAGAAUAACAUCCUCAUGUUGUUGAAGGAUAGUCAGUCAUAUUUAUAGAAAUGUCACUGAUAAUAGCAGGUAAAUCGAAUAUUCUUACUGUGAAAAUAUUAAAUUUAAUAAAAUUACAUAAAAUAAAAAAA